GGCUCAGGGGCUGCGUGCACCAUGGCCUGGACCCCCGUCCUCCUCGUGCUCCUCUCUCAGUGCACAGGUUCCCUCUCCCAGCCUGUGCUGACUCAGCUGCCCUCCCUCUCUGCAUCUCCGGGAGCAUCAGCCAGACUCACCUGCACCCUGAGCAGUGGAUUCAGUGUUGGUGGAUACCGGAUAUACUGGUACCAGCAGAAGCCAGGGAGCCCUCCCCGGUAUCUCCUGUGGUUUAAAUCAGACUCCGAGAAGCACCAGGGCUCCGGGGUCCCCAGUCGCUUCUCUGGAUCCAAAGAUGCCUCGGCCAAUGCAGGGCUUCUCCUCAUCUCUGGGCUCCAGCCUGAGGACGAGGUGGACUAUUACUGUGCUACAUGGCAUGGCAGUGGGAGCAGCUUCGGUUACUCACAGUGA